CUGAAACAGUCGAGGAUUCGACUUAGGUUCGACUUUUGAUUCAAACGUCGCAUCUCUUAUGUGCCGAACCUAAUGCAUGAUUUAUUGGAAAAAUUUAUGAUUCAUUUAUUACCCACAACUCGCCAGGAACUUUGUGAAUGCCAUGUGUGAAAAAGCCAAUGCAGGACAAAAACAAUGGCGGGAGACGAAUGAAUUUGUAGUUCUUGCUUAGCAAAGACAAAAUGUAGUUGUUUGACGUGCGUCCAUUGCAGGGUUACCUCCCCCUGCCAACCAGUACCCAUAUUUUCACCUAAGAAAGACUAAAAUGACUUCACACUUCUUGGUAUCAAUGGUAGUAUACGUCAUCGUCUCUUUUAUGAUCGAAGGAUGUUUCUCUUAUGAGUGGGAUGCGUUACCAGACAAUUGUACGUGCGCUCGAAAAGGCCAUCCAACCUACAGUCUAUUUACAAUGCCACGAAGAAGAAUUAUUUAUGAUGAUGGCCAAUACACUUACACCUUCUUUCCUUGCGAGCCGGACAAUUUGAUAUCUGCGAAGGGAAGUUGCAAAAACGUGGCACUGUGUAAAUACGACACAACGGGAUCCCCACACGUGUAUAGAGACAUUGGUGAACAGAGAGACGUUAAGUGCGAAGCCACUAGUGAUUAUCCGUUUGAAUUGAAAUAUACUAUAACGUCAGGGGCUUUUAAAGGAGGUACUUCCACGGUCAUUAUCAAGUGCAGUAAAGAUCCAUCCGCUAAACUUGUACCAAUUAACAUCACAACAACAAUUAUGAAAUUCAAGUUAGAGACGCCUUGUGGAUGUCCUAAUCAGUGUUUACCUGAGUCUCCUACCACAGCUAAACCAGGACCAACUCCCGCCCCCCCAAGUAAGAUGUCCGUCUCAGAUUGGGAAGUGGACAUCUUAUCACCAAUUGUGGGAUUUUUCGCUUUUGUGGGCAUAUUUCUAUUUAUAUGGUGGCUUUGGUUUAACAGGUUGCUACGCUGUCCCCGUCGCCAUGACUACGACAACCUAGGAGGCGGAGCAGGAAGAGACAGACUCGCGACAGAGAAUACUCCACUUAUAGACGAUCGCGAACAAAGUGAUCACGCUAUUGAACACGAAGACCCUGGGGCAGAAGGAACUCUAACUGAACCAGUUCAGGUCGAAGAAGGAGAUGUGAAAGAGGAAGACAAAUUUGUCACACCCGGCAUCAGACCAACUCCUGUUUAACUUGUUUUGUCCUAUUAAGUUGUAGUUGGUGUUAAUCUAACAUAUUUAAAGACUUCAUUAAAUCACAUUACUGAAUAUCUCUGACUUCUAGGGCAUAAAAGAAACAAUGAUAAUAACACAUCUGACAAGCUAACAACUUCGUUUAGUAGUUACAGUGUCAAUCAAUGUUACUGUGGAGAAUCUUGUAGGUGAUGCCGCGACCUUAAUUAGCUCUUUGCCAUAGGAUGUGACAGACAAAGUGAACGCAGAAAAAUAGAUUUAUCAGGGCAAUUAAGCAAUAACACAUAUUUUUGAAACCGUUCUUUUGAUAUCAUAGAACACAUACAUACAAUUUCUCUAUCAGUUUCAAUGCAGUUUUAAGGAAAUCUCACGAAAAUAGCACCACUUCUUAUCUCCACAAGGACACACUUUUUACAUUCAGUGCUCAAACAUCAAUGUAUAUCCGCAGACAAAAGCUCGUGAAAGGGGAAUUCAAUAAAUACAGUGUAUUUGUUAACGUU